UCCUACUCCAACUUUUAUCACCAGCGUUGCUAAUGAAGUCAGCACAGGCAAAGCGGAGCUCAAGUAUAUUCACGCCGCGGCCAAAGUCCGCCUCACGCAACACCUCGGCUCACACUAGCCGUGCAGCAAGCCCGGUAGCCAGAUCGCCGCGCUCCCCGGCCCCUGCGCAAACCAUCAGCUGGCAGCCCAACCCGCCGUGUGUUACAACAUGGACACCCGCAGACGGAACGCAUAUGGUUAUUGUUGAAACCGCGGAGGCUAAAAGCAUGUUGGCCAAAGGCACUGGCGAUGAGUUGAUCAAGGACCGCUAUGCUGCGGUGGUUGCUAUUCCAUAUGGCCAGACCAUUACAUUCCAGGGCAUCGCCGACGUGUGCGUGCUGCGUGGAUCUAUUACGGUGUGUGAGCAUGUGGUGGUGCCUGGUGGUGGAUGGACACGCGCAUAUUCUCCAUCCUCCCACCCACUGCUGACCAUCCAUUCCAUCGAACCGGAUAACAGUGCGGCGGCUCUGGUACUUGGCGCCGUUGAUUUAGAUAUCAAGCAGAUUGCUGACAUUUGGGAGAAAUCGACAAAUGGCCUGUCAGCAAAGGAUUCAGCUGUGGUUGCAGUGCGGUCGGUUCACUGUGGGCUGGAGUGCAUCGGUACGGCCGCACCGCCGUUCCGCAAUCUGUUCAAGCUGAAACCGUACGAUGACCGGAGGCUGGAUUCAGGGCCAAAACGCGUGCCAAAACGCAAGCUUGCACUUGCAGCAGGCAACGCAGCAGUGUCAAAGCUCAAGCGCUCGGUCAGCGAUGCGUCAAUGGCGCAGUCAGAGACAGCUACUGUUGACACUGGUGGCUACGACUCGGAUGAAAGCACUGUCGAGGACUUGCCUAUCGACACGGACGACUCAGCAAAGAUCGAAGAAGGGCUUGGCUCCGCGAUUGGGUUACCAAACUUUUACCCGGUUUCAUUUCUGACCCCAGACUUGCAACUGCUGCAGACCCCGCGCGACUGGCAGGAGACCCUUGAGCUGGUUUCUACAGCGGUGCCGCAGCUUGACAAAGAGUUUAACCCGAUCUCCCCAGUACUAGUGGUUGCCGGCGGCCAGAACCAGGGCAAAUCCACUUUUUCUCGCAUGCUGAUCAACAGACUGCUUAGCCGCUACGGAAAGCUGUUUUAUCUGGAAACAGAUUUGGGCCAGUCGGAAUUGGCGCCGCCAGGCGCUCUGACAUUGACGAUGAUCAGUGCUCCGCUUCUAGGCCCGCCGUUCACGCAUGCUAGCCAAGUUGAACCAUACCAUGCUGUGUACAUGGGCGAUACCACGCCGAGGAACAACCCUGAUCAGUAUGUGCUUGCGAUUCAGGAGCUGCUUGCUCUCUACCGCUGCUACAUUAGCCAGCUGGUGGAAAAGCGCAACGAGAUGCAGCUAGCGGGAGGUUCGGAUGUAGGUGAGCUGGACGAGCUUACUAUUCCGCUUGUGGUGAACACCGAUGGCUGGCUGACUGGGCUUGGUAUGGAUCUACACUACUCGAUCUGUGAGGCUGCCCGUCCCACAUCGUAUAUACAGAUAUACAACCAAUUUGACAAUGGAUCACGCAGUGCCGAUGGUUCGAUCGCUGAAGCAGAACCACUUGUCGACUUUGGGAGCAUAGAAGGUUGCGCACCACAGCAGCUCUGGAUCACAGCGAUGAACCACGAGCGGGCAGUUCACACGCUGUACACCAAAUCAUCCAAAGGCGGGAAUGGCUCCGAAUUCGUACCAUCUUCAAGCGAUACGGUUGACAGUGAGGUGGUUACACGCAAAGGACCAAGACAUACUGGGUACGAUAUGCGCACGCUGGCAUUCAUCUCGCACUUGUAUAUGACUGGCGGCAACGUGGAUUCUCAGCUAAGGAACCAGGGACUUGCGCAGCUAGCGGACCCGGCAUGGAAUAUGGCGAUUCCGCUGGCUACGCAGCGCCCGCUCGCUGUGCCGUGGUCGGAUCUGCUCAUUUGGUUUGGUGAUGAGGAUAUUCCACCUAACCAGGCUUUGCGUGCGCUGAAUGGCACCCUUGUUGGCGUGAUUGCUGUUGUCAAUGUGCCUCACCCGGAUGGCAAAGUGUGGACUGCUAGCAGCUUGAAAACACUCUACAAUGGCGACAAGGGUAUUAACGACCAGGCAGCAAUUGACCUGAGCGAACCUUCGGCCCGUAUUUUACAGCGUGCUUCAAUCGAGGGUCUACAGGCGGAGGCCAUCGCAGAAAGUUGCCAUUCAUAUCCGCAAAUUGUUUAUGGCAGGCCUAACACGCAGACAACGACAUUCAUUGCACAUGGAGUCGUUCGCUCGAUCGACCCAUCUGAAGGGGUUCUCCAUCUUCUACUUCCGCCGUUGGUCACUCAGCAGAAAACACAUGCUAUUCUGUCACGGAUCAUUGGUAUCUACAAGGGCACUGGGCCCGGAAUGGGCGGCGUGGAUAUACCCAUAUGGCCAAUGAUCGAUGGCGGUUAUGCGGAGCGUGCAAUGGGUGCAUCGUCGAGGCGUGGGGCAGUAGGUAGGCGCAGCGGGAGAUUCAAGACGGGGCCAAAUGACGAUGACAUUGCAUCCCCGAUUGGCAUCCAGGAGGCACCCUAUCUCUCAAUUGAGGUUGAUGAAGGAAUCGGUGCAGCUACAUCACGUUCUAGAGGCGGCCAGAUGCGGAGGUCACAGCAGUAGGAUAGAUACGUAAAUGUGGUAGAAAUGACUAUUUCUUUCUAACUCGAAAUAGCUAAAGUA